AUGUCAUGGGUAGCUAGCGUUGCACCACCUCUCCAUGCUCCAAGUCAGCUUCACGAGAAAAAUCCGCUUGUUGGAUCGAAUUAUAACGAUGAAGCGCCUUAUAUGCCUUACAACGCACAAAUCGCUCAAUAUCUGGAGAUCAGUGGCAGCGUGGGAAGUGCUCAUCGAAUGGCAAAGGUGUGGAGACUAUCUUUCUUAUUAAUGUAA